AUGUCAGAGCUGAUACCGAUUACGAUUUCGACCUCUCCCAGCAACUCGUCCCCCCUCAAUAUUCUGGAACCAGGCAGGAUCCGACAUCGAAAUUCAUCACCAGCCCACUCGGACAGCAUCCAUUUCUCGUCUGAGGACCACUUGUUGGAAUCCGCAAUCCCCGCAACCAGCGAUCUGGUGAAGACAUCUAACUUUGGAUCACCAGAUCUAUCAAGUGCAGAUGCUAGCCCAAGGGCCAGUGAUGCGUGUGCUAUGGGCGAUCCCGGCUGGCUUAGCGCUCUGCACAUGGCAGCGAGGCGGGGCCAUGGAGGGAUCGUACAGCUGUUGCUGCAGAAUUGCAUGGAUACUAAUGGGCCAGAUAGUGAUGGCCUGACACCUCUGAUGCAUGCGGUUGCAGGCGGUCAUGAGGAAGUUGUUGGCCUGCUGCUGGGCCAUGGGGCUCGGCUUGGGGACAGAGACAACCGACGCCGGUCGGUUUUGCACUGGGCUGUGCUUACAUACCGAGAGGCUGUACUUCGACUGCUACUCAAACAUGCCGCCACCGACGAUCCUCUUUUGAUUGACUCCUACGAUGAAUCUGGCUGUACUCCCUUGCACGCGGCCAUAGACUCCGGAUUCGAGACCGGCGUCAGCAUAUUAAUGGAAUUCGGCGUCAACAUCCACUCCAGGGCGAGGAAGCCUUGA